AAGAAAUUUCAAAGAAUCAAUAGGACUCCAUCAAACACUGGUUUUGGAGGGAGUAACCUCUGAACUCCCAUUGCCUUUUUCCGCCAUGUGAAAGCUUCCAUUUCCUUUUAUAUAUUUUUCUCUCAAUCAGCGUUUGCAUUUCUCAUCUUUCUGUGCUCGAUUUCUUCUUCUUCCUUGUUGUUUGAUUGUUUCUGUUCUGUAAAUGUCGUCGUCGACGAGCAUUUCUAGGUCCCAAAGACCUUCUAACACCUCGCCAUUCCGCUUACGGAAGUCUCCGGCGGUGUCACCGGCGCCCAGGCCGAACGGUCGGCCAACAACUCCUUCUUCCACGGCGUCUUCGAGGCCUCCGUCGAAGGUUUCGGUUUCUCCGGUGACAAGUGCUAGUUAUACACCGAGCCCUCCCACUCCCGGACCUGACCGUCUCGAUGUCAUGAAGGCUAAAGAAAAUGUGACGGUCACGGUUAGGUUCAGACCUCUAAGUGUUAGGGAGCUUAAUAAAGGAGAUGAGAUAGCUUGGUAUGCGGACGGAGAAUGCACAGUGAGGAACGAAUUCAACUCAUCCAUCGCUUAUGGAUUUGAUAGAGUUUUUGGUCCCGCGACAACGACUCGUCAUGUAUACGAUGUUGCUGCUCAGCAAGUUGUUGCCUGUGCAAUGAAUGGAAUCAAUGGUACUGUUUUUGCAUAUGGUGUCACUAGCAGUGGUAAGACUCAUACCAUGCAUGGAGAGCAAAAAUCACCCGGAGUUAUCCCACUGGCAGUGAAGGAUGUAUUUGGAAUUAUACAAGAGACACCCGAGCGGCAGUUUCUUCUUCGUGUUUCAUAUCUAGAGAUCUACAACGAGGUCAUCAAUGAUUUACUUGAUCCAACUGGUCAGAAUCUACGAGUACGAGAGGAUGCUCAGGGAACUUAUGUUGAGGGCAUCAAAGAAGAAGUCGUUUUGUCCCCUGCUCAUGCUCUUUCCUUGAUAGCAUCUGGAGAAGAGCAUCGGCAUGUGGGAUCUAAUAAUUUCAAUCUACUUAGCAGUCGGAGUCACACUAUAUUCACUUUGACCAUUGAAAGUAGCCCACAUGGGGAGUAUCAUGGUGAAGAAGAUGUGACAUUGUCCCAACUGCACUUAAUUGAUCUUGCAGGAUCUGAAAGUUCAAAAACAGAAACAACUGGUUUGCGGAGAAAAGAGGGUUCAUACAUCAACAAGAGCUUACUGACUCUGGGCACUGUGAUUUCCAAGUUAACUGAUGAAAAAGCAACUCACAUUCCAUAUCGAGAUUCAAAACUUACUCGGUUGUUGCAGUCAUCUCUAAGCGGUCAUGGAAAAAUUUCUCUCAUUUGCACUGUGACCCCUGCCUCUAGCAAUAGUGAGGAGACACACAACACUCUAAAGUUUGCACAUCGUAGCAAGCGUGUUGAAAUUAAAGCUUCUCAAAAUAAGAUCAUAGAUGAGAAAUCUCUCAUCAAAAAGUAUCAGAGGGAAAUUUCCAGUUUAAAGCAGGAGCUUCAGCAAUUAAAGCGUGGCAUAAUGGAGAACCCUAGUACAACUGCAUUGUCUACACAAGAAGAUUUGGUUAAUUUGAAGCUUCAGCUGGAAGCUGAUCAGGUUAAAUUACAAUCGAGAUUGGAAGAGGAAGAAGAAGCAAAGGCUGCUUUGAUGGGGAGAAUUCAAAGGUUGACAAAACUAAUCCUAGUUUCUACUAAAAAUGCCUUGCCAUCAAGUGUCACUGAAAAGCCAGGACAAAGAAGGAGGCAUUCUUUUGGUGAAGAUGAGCUGGCAUAUUUGCCUGAUAGAAAACGGGACUACCUGAAUGAUGAUGAUGGUGGGAGUUGUGCUUCUGGGGUUUCAGUGGAUGGAAGAGAUGAUGUCGUAAAUCUAGAUGAUUUGGUUAAAGAUAUGAAAAGUAACAGAAAACGUGGAAUGCUUGGCUGGUUUAAAAUCAGAAGGCCCGAGAAUGCUAUAGGACCAUCAUCAACUACUGAUACUGGGAGUUCUACUGUUGAAUCACCUGCAUCUCAUUCAAAAGCUUCUCAAACUCGGAUGAUACGUGAUGAAUUGAAGAAUGAAAGGAGGAAAUCAAUUUGCAGAAAGGGAGAUGAUUCUUCCAUUAUUUACUCAUCUCAAGAGAGAACACAAGCAGGUGACUUAUUUGGUGCAACCAUGGAUGGCCACCGUUUGCCUCCGACUGGGACUACUCUUACUGACCAGAUGGAUCUUCUUUGUGAGCAAGUCAAAAUGUUGGCUGGGGAGGUUGCUUUAUGUACUAGUUCACUGAAAAGACUGUCAGAGCAAGCAGCCAGGAACCCUGAAGAUUCCCAAAUCAAGGAACAUGUACAAAAAUUGAAGGAUGAAAUAAGUGAAAAGAAGCUUCAAAUACGAGUUUUGGAGCAACGUAUGAUUGGAUCUGUUGAAUUGUCACCGCAAAUGUCAAGUAGCAUUGAAUUGAGUCAGGCCUUAUCAAAGCUUACUGCUCAACUUAAUGAAAAAAUUUUUGAACUCGAGAUUAAAUCGGCAGACAAUAGGAUACUUCAGGAGCAGCUGCAGAUAAAGACAGCAGAAAAUGCUGAGUUGCAGGAGGCAAUUUUAAGGGUGCAGCAAGGGUCAUCAUCCCAGAAUCACUCAAGCAAUUCUCAAAAAAAUGAAGAUGAUGAGGCUUCCCAGCAUCUUCCAAACUACUGUAUACGGACAAAGGUCGAAACACGGCAUAAAUACAGCCCAUGGGAGGAUAAAUACGCCGAAGAAAACACCCCGACUAGUGUCAUGAGCUUGAAUAGAGUUUUGACCCUGGACGACAUUAAAGAUUGCAACAGCGACAAGUUUUGUCAUUCCCAAGUUAUGCAGGCUGAGAUAGAAAAUUUGAAGCAAGAGAAGGUGAGACUGAUUGAAGAAAAGGAAGGUCUCGAGAUUCAGAGUCGUAAACUUGCUGAAGAAGCUUCAUAUGCAAAGGAGUUAGCUUCAGCUGCUGCAAUUGAGCUCCAAAACUUAGCUGAAGAAGUUACCAAACUUUCUUAUGAAAAUGCCAAACUUGCUGGUGACCGUACAAAUGCUAAGGACAGUUACUGCAGAUCAUGCUGUGCACAAAGAUCUUAUGAUUCAAAGCACCAUACUGGUAGUGCUAGAUAUCAGAGAGAAGCUGCACUUGAGAAGGCAAUAUUCGAUAGAGAUCAAAGAGAAGCUGAGCUAUAUCGAAGACUCGAAGAGGCAAAGCGCCACGGAGAAGAUAUGGAAAAUGAACUAGCAAAUAUGUGGGGGCUAUUUGCCAAAAUGAGAAAGUCUGAACUAAAUAUCGAAGAUAUGUCAUUUGAGAGAGUUCGUCCAUCCUACCUUUUACAAGGCCGAGCUAAUAAUGGUUAUAUCUCAUCCAAUGGCGUCUCUAACAGACCAUCGGAAGACGAUGUCGUAUUUGUUGAUGAAAUGAGAGCUGGAAAUAAGAAAGAGAGGAUCAGAUGUAGUAGAGAUUUGGAAAGCUUUGUUUCCCAAAUGAAGUUGGGUGAAUGUGCUUGACUUGAAGAAGAAAAGCAUCGAACGUUCUUGAAGUAGAAGUCUUGGAAGAGUAUUCUUUGUGUCUUCAAGGGUCUUCUAUCUUCUAGGAGUGGAGCCUUGGAAGAAUACUUGCUUGUUGAUGAAUUCUCUGGACUCUCUGAAGGUAGAAAAUACUUGUAUCUUCGAAGGACUUCAGUCUUCAGGUGUGAUCAGCUUCAGAGUCGAGGGGUCUUAUGGUUAUAGAGAAUUCCCUAUAAGCUCUCUGUAGUAUAGAAUUACUGCCUCCUCCAAAUGAGGAGAGCUUAUCU